AUGACGCUGAAGUGGGCUUUCCUAAUCUGCAACUUGCUGCAAUUCAACCUAGCGCGAUCGAGCGCUGUCGAUCACUCGCUGCAGAACCGAGUAGACUCCUUUCAGAAUCCCGUGAUCUAUGAAGAUUUCGCUGAUAAUGACGUCUCAGUUAGCCCCGAUAGCCUAUACUAUUACUCUACUUCAAAUAUGCACUACAGCCCGAGUGCCCCUAUUUUGAGAUCAGGAGAUAUUGUUAAUUGGGAACUUAUCGGCCACUCUGUACAUGGGGCCUUUACCAUGCGUUUUCGCAAGACUACUAGGCUUUGGUAUUGGAUUGGAUGUGACGUCGCCGGACCGUGGACUAAGUCCGCCGUGCUUCCCGGAGGAACAUGCUACUAUGACUGUGGUCUUCUAAUAGAUGAUGACGACGCGAUGUACGUAGUUUACGGCUCCACUGACGUAUCUGUAGCCCAACUAUCCGAAGAUGGACUCAGUCAGGCGCAGACAUAUGGGUUCUACUACAUCCUUGAUGAUCAUUUGGGCGAUAUCACAUAUAUCUGGAAGUCUGAUAGCCCCUGGGGUCCAUACGAGAGUAAGGUCCUAGUCGAUAAUGUCAAGUCCCCACUUGCAAAUGGGGGAGCGCCUCACCAGGGGGGCCUUAUCCAAGCCUCAUCUGGCGACUGGUACUAUAUGCCUUUCACAUGGGCAUACCCCAACGGCUGUAUACCCGUUUUGGCUCCUAUCAAGUGGGAAGAUGACGGAUUCCCUUCUUUCUAUCAAAUUGGCAACGGCAGUGUGACCCUAUCAACUGCGACCAUAACGAACGACUUCUAUGCGGCACGCAACACACUAACCCAUCGAGUCCACGACGAGUUUGCUGCAUUCCGCGAUCGCUCCGCUUAUAUUGGUAUUCAUCGCGAUGGGAAUAAGUACACUAUAUCCGUCGUCCACAGCCCCACACAAGAAGAAUUGACAUGGAAUAUGACGAGUAAUGGAACUAUAGUUACUACACAAACGAAAAUCCUCCCAGAUAAGACUAUAUGGCUUCGAGCGUCGUUGGAUGCGCGUGCGAGCGGUACUUAUGCUGCCAAUUUUUCUUACAGCACUAACGGGCAGAACUUUACUCAACUAGGAAAGACGUAUACUAUGUAUAUUGGCUGGUCCUAUUUUAUGGGUUACCGGUUUGGAAUCUUCAAUUAUGCUACGAAAAGUCUUGGUGGUUCGGUCCGAGCCCUUUCCUUUACGAGCGCCUGAUGCUGCUUAAGAAGCGGGCGUUACCCCCUAUCUUCCCAUUCGCAAUAGUAAAGUGCAUAUAUGCAUCGGGAUGACAAUAUUUUAAGCGCCCAAGUAAACAAAAUCAUACUCAGAAUAAGUCCCACUAUCUAUGUUUAGAGGUGUACUGAAAUUUCAUGAACUCAUGAAUAUCGUUGGUACCUACGCAGGCCUUUAUCAGAGAGUGAUGUGACCGGGAUUAGGUGGUACCUCGCCAACAUCCCAUGCCGCCGGGUCAGCGCUAAGUUCGAACUCCAAUAAGCUAUCCUGCCCAUCAGGUCGAACUAUGUCUUCAUGGCCAAUCCAGCUCUUGUUCCAUGAUCGACCAUUAAUCUUAAGACUUUGUACGUACGAUCCCUUAUCCAACCCCGUCGCCUUUAUCCUCAAAACCGGGCCGUCGUCCCCGAGCUUCAUAGUGAUAUCUUCGAAUCGUGGGGCAAGGACUAAGUACACCGGCUGGGUUACCACAGGGUACAGGCCGAUCAUAUUCCAGACCAACCA